UCGUCUUACACAUCAUGUGAUCGCGUAAGCGCGAACGUUGAAGAGCGUAAACAACAAGGAAAAUGACUGCACGUCUGCAAGAAAUUCAGAGUUCGUAUGAACAAAGAUUUAACUGUAUGAUUUGCCUGUGUCCCAGGCUUCAGAUGGUCAGCGGUUACUGUCAGCACAGGAUUUGCACACAGUGUCUGUACAAUGAAGACAGCAUACGCAAACCCAGCCUAGACAAAUGUCCUACAUGCCAAAAAGAAGAAGCUUUCCCAGUUAUAAGGCCAGCAAUUCCAGAGGAUGUUAUAGAGAUUCAGAGAUGUCUGGGAGUGAGAGCCUGUCCCCAUUCUGGAUGUACAAUGGAGUGUUGGGAAUGGGAAAUGGAAGAGCAUUUAAAAUCAUGUCCAAAUCGCCAACCAUCACCACCAAAGCAAACUCCUAAAAAGAGAAGAUCAUUGAUGCCAAGGACCGAGGACACCCCUAAAAUGUCGCGUGUGACUCGAAGUAGUACCUUUAAUUUGGGUAACUCAAGACUCGAGGACUUUCAGAUGGGGAGACGAAGGAUGAACUUACGCAGAAGUACACAGCAACAGACGCUCAAUAAUCACUGAAGUUUGUAGAUAUGUGAAUUGUUUAAAUUUGUUUGUUGUGCUUUGAUGAUUCUCCCAGAAUUGUCUUAAAAGGGUUAUUUAUUUAUAUGAAGACAAACUGAGUGUUUUGCUUGUGGCAAUAUUGUCUGUGAUGAAGAUUUUGUUGUUUUUUGUUUUUUUUUAAAUCAUGUUUAAUUAAUGCACACAGUAAUUUGCAUAGUUCUUUAAAGUGUAACUUUAUGUGCAGUAUGGCAGCAAAUCUAAUAUAAAUGUCAGGGAUCUUUAACUUUUUAUGACUUUUAGAAUUACUUGUAAGCUACUUGUACAUUGUAUGUGAAAUGUCAACUUUUAUUCCCAUUUCGUGCAAUGAUUUUUUCCCCCGUAUACUAUGUUAUGAGACACAUUUAGACAAAAAAAAAUAAUGAUAAAUGUCUUCUUUAUUUGCUCAGCUUAAAUACUUCUUUUGUAUGUUAUUAAGUGUUAAAACGUUUGUGUGCAUUACUUUCACGAAGGCCACUUCAUGAAAUCAUUUUGAUUAAAUUACCUUUUCUGUUUUAUUUAUUACAAAGUUAUUAUAAAUCUUUUAAAAAAUGUUAAAAAUUUAAGAGUAGAGAAGUUACAAUAGUUUUGAAGACCAUUGAACUUAUUUUGAUGUCCUUGUUUUAAUGUUAAAAAUUAUAAGACCAUGAAAUAAAAGAUUAAAAAUUUGGUCCCAGUAUGAAUGUUUAUUGAAAAGUGUUUUUGCAACUUGUUAGCAUCUAAAUGCUUUACCAAAGAAUAAUGUAUAUGUCACAUACAUGUAUAUUUCUGUAAUAGUUUGAAAUAUUUCUUAUAGUUUAAAAUAUUUCUUGUAUCAAGUAUGUUUAGUUCAAAAGUUUCACUCAGUUUAAACUGCAGAAUGAUGCAUCAGAUUUCAUAUCAUUUAGUAGUGCCGUAAUUGUUGAAAAAAAUUACUACUACAUGUAAAACAAAGUACUUGUAUGACUAUUACAAUGCUUUUAAUCUAACAGUGGAAUUUUUGGCAAUGAUGAACAGUUGUACAUGUAAAUGACAGUGCAAUCAGAUUACAUGUGUAUUGUAAUGCCUGGUCAGGACAAUAUAUUGAAGUUUUGUCACAUACAUGUACUCUGUGAGGCUUGACCAAUGGGGGUCUAUGUAAUGACUAAGUGAAUCAAAAGGCAUUUACCAUGAGUCAGCUUGAAAGAUUUUUCAUGUGCCUUAUGAUGUUUGACCAAUCCACCUUUGUGUAAAUGACCAAAAGGUAUACAUGUAGUUAAGGCAUUUUUUUGUUUUUGUGAAGUGACUAAUUUUUUAUUUUAUUUUGUUUGACAUUUUGAGAAGAGGAUGUACAUGUGCGUUCAGCCUUACAGUGACAGAUAAUGACUGUGUUUUUAGGAGUACUGUAAAUUAUGAGUUAUGGCUUGACUUGUUUUACAAUUGGACUUGUGUUCAAUAAUAGUGUUCAUUUUGUUACUAAUUUACAUAAUUGUAAGGUUUUGUUUAAGAAAAUAAAAAAUCUCGAUUGAUUUAUAUGUUGUUUUGAAUUGACACUAGAGUGAAAUUUCUAGUAAUAUUUUGGACUUCCAUGAACUGAUGCAACUUUUGGCAGGGAAUUGGUCUGUUGAAGGCAAUUGUAAGGGAAUCAGCUAAAUAUAUCAUUGUACAUAGUGAAAAAUUAGUAAAAUUAUAAUAACUAUGUUCUGAUAAAGCAAUUUAUUUCAUUUGCUCUUAACAUGUAUAUCACUGAAACUGGAUUUUGUCAACAACAAUGUCAUUUUACCAUAACUAGCUGAUGUUUACCGGUACAUAACUGGAUUUCAUAUAAGUAAGCAAAAUGGACAACAAGGUAUCUGGUUAUAUAAUUUAUUCUAAGAUUUCAGUAAUUUUUUUUUUAAAUACAUAACAUCAAUUAAUAAAACAAUAUAACAAAACUUUUAAAGAAGAAUAAUAAAUGAAUUCUUCAUUGUUGAAAUAACAGGACAUACAACUGUAGGAACUUGUUUCUGUACAUGUAUUGAAAAGAAAAAAAUUAAACAUUAAAAGAAAAAACCCAUAAAAUCCCAAGAGAUUUCUAAAGAAUGAAAUCCAGUACACACAAUUAUAACUACAUGUAUAAGAAAAUAGCAUUUGUAGUCUGAUUAAAAUGCCGCUUUAUCUAGUAUUAAUAAUCCUGCAAGCACAAGGAAGACAACUAUGUCAAUGUAAGAAGGGGGAAGCAAGUCCUGUAUACUGUACAUAUGUACAUUUGAUUUUCAGAUACAAGUUUAUACACAUACACCACAUCUCUGUAUGUGGAUUUGAUGGCAUUGAAUUUUACAGCAUGACUAGAUCUAUCUUAUAUAAAAUAAUCCCCCCUUUUCUUUUUGGGGGGGGGGGGGGGUGGGGGGGUGGGGGUGCAAAAUAUUAAAAAUUUAUGUGGUUACUCUUGCAAUUCAGGAUCAAUUUUUGUGUGUGUUCAAAUACCUUUGGAAAAUAAUCCAUUCAUAGAUUUAGUUAUUUGGUGUCAUCUUCAUUGAACAUUGCAUUAUAUAUAAAUAAGGCGUAUUAAUCUAGAUGUUUACAAUGGAAAUAUCAUCAAAAUUUACAUGUUACAUGAAUUACAGUUUUACAAAUGUAAAAUGUUAGUGUCUAAGAAAAGUAAUAUAUAAUCUAUAGAAGGAAAUUAAAUGAAAUUACACAGUGCAUGCAUAUAAAAUACCGUUACCUCGAAUAGCAACUAAGGUCACCGAAUCUACACAUAUUUGAUGGCACUAAAUUGAAAAUAAUUUUAACCUAGCUGUUUUGACACAGAUAUGUAGUUCUACAGACAAGACAAAUAUGACUGACAAAUACAGACAUAGGUAUACCACAGUAAAUAUGCACGUACCUAUGUCAAUGUAUGAAAAUUGAUAAAGAAAAUUUCAUGAAGUACAUUAAAAAAAUGUCUACACAAAAAAGAUUGACAGGAAUCGGAAACUAUACCAGCUGCCUGCUUCUAGUCACAGAGCCAAUAGAAUUAAAACAGGAGCAGCCAAUGGAUUCAGAAUUCAUGAAACAAUAACCUUGUACCUAUGGAAAUGCAUUGCCCUAUCACUUACUGGUAGAAUGAAAAUGUUCGGUAGGUUUUUUUUUUGACCCCUUAAAAAACCACCACAAAUUCUAGACGCUGCUGUUCAGAAAAUUGAACAAAAUUUAUCUGAAAAUGAUGACUUAUAAUCCAUCUGGGCAAGGGUUACAUGUGUAGACAAAACAAUGCAAAGAAACAAAAAACUACCCCUGAUAUUUAAAAAUAUCAUAUUUCUUCAUGAAUCACAAUUUCGUACCUGUAAUUAGAUUAAAAAACAGUGAUUUUUAUCAUUCAGCUAUGUUCUCCGAUUAUCUACUGUAUUUAUAAUAAAUAUAAAUAUAAACAUUUCUGACAACUUGUUCUAUUGCACUGAUGUUCUUUACUAAAUCAUGCACAUGAAUGUACCUGUAUCAAACUGUUCAAGUGGUCAAGUGGUACAUGUAGGUGUCCUGACUUAAUUACUAUAAAGAACUGUAUUCAACAAGGGUUUGUUCUAGUCAUAAUACAUAAAUACAUUACCUUAAUACAUUUUAUAUAUUUUCUUUUACAUAUUCUUUAUAAUCACUGAUAUCAAAAGUUCUUCCAAAAUUAAUAAAGCAAGAGCUUGUACAAAUGGUUGUAUGGAUCUACCUGUAAAUAAGCUUGGGUUAUCACAAAAUUUUAAACACACAUGUCAUGUAUAAUACCCAUUCUCAAAUUUUUGCUGAAGAAAGUAUAUUCUGUUCAAAAUGUCAUGUACAUGUAUGAAACCAACAAACAUUUAAUGCAUCACAAGAUUGUCAAGUACAUUAUCUAAUACCCGGUACCUGUAUAUAAUUCAAUGUGACAUUCAUUUUGAUUACAGAAGCUGAAAAGAAAAAUGAUGAAGCAAACAAU